UAGGGGAAAGGUCGCUGGUGUGUCCAGUUUUUGUAUUCACCCCGGAUCGAUUCAAAGUGCCACAACUAGGAUUUCGGAGGAAAAGUUUGAUCCUGAUAGUGGUGGGUUGUUGAAUCAGCAUCAUGGCGCUUCUCAGAGGUGUAUUUAUUGUAGCUGCCAAGCGCACUCCAUUCGGUACCUAUGGUGGCGUGCUGAAAGAUCACAGUGCAACAGACUUGGCAGAGCAUGCAGCCAAGGCUGCCCUUGCUGCAGGGGGUGUGGCACCAGAGCUCGUAAACAGUGUCAUCAUGGGGAAUGUCAUGCAGAGCUCAGCUGAUGCACCUUACAUUGCUCGUCAUGUGGGUCUGAGGUGUGGUGUUCCUAUCCCAGUUCCUGCGCUCACUGUGAACAGACUGUGUGGAUCUGGAUUCCAGGCCAUCAUCAGUGGUGCUCAUGAGAUUUGCCUAAAGGAGUCAGAGGUGGUCCUGUGUGGAGGCUCAGAGAGUAUGAGCCAGGCCCCGUAUGCUGUUCGCAACAUACGAUUUGGUACAAGAUUUGGAGUCGAUCUCAAGCUAGAGGACACUUUGUGGGCUGGUCUGACUGACCUGCACAUCAAAAUCCCAAUGGGCAUCACAGCAGAAAAUCUGGCAGAGAAAUACCAGAUCACACGAGAAGACUGUGACAACUAUGCUUACCAGACACAACAAAGGUGGAAGGCCGCUCAUGAGGCUGGACACUACACAGCAGAAAUUGCUCCCAUUGAUGUGAAAGCUAAGAAAGGCAAGGCAUCCAUGGCUCAGGAUGAACACCCCCGGCCUCAGACCACACUAGAACAGAUGGCCAAACUGCCUACUGUCUUCAAGAAGGGAGGGACUGUUACUGCAGCCAAUGCAUCGGGUGUAUCUGACGGUGCUGCUGCAGUGGUGAUCGCAAGUGAAGAUGCGCUGAAAGAGCACAAGCUCACUCCACUGGCCAGAAUUGUGGCCUAUCACGUGUCAGGGUGUGACCCAAGCAUUAUGGGAAUUGGCCCCGUUCCAGCAAUCACAGAAGCUCUUAAAAAAGCCGGUCUGACUCUCAACGACAUGGAUCUUGUGGAGGUGAAUGAGGCUUUUGCCCCUCAGUACCUGGCUGUUGCUAAGGCUCUUGGACUGGAUCCAGAGAAAAGCAACGUUAACGGUGGUGCCAUUGCCAUUGGACAUCCUCUUGGUGCUUCUGGAGCACGCAUCACUGCUCACCUGGUUCAUGAGCUGAGGCGACGAGGAGGCAAGUACGCUGUUGGCUCUGCCUGCAUCGGUGGUGGUCAGGGCAUUGCCAUCGUCCUCCAAAGUUACUAAGGAAACUGUCAGAAUCAGAAGAACUCCUGUAGAAGAAUGUCCCACACACUCGCUCACUUCACUAACAUAACAAAAAAUUCAGUUGACACAUGCUGAAGAGAUCUUUUUUCUCCACAUACACAUGAAAUAAUUCAUGUUCUCUCAACAUGAGGCACUGCUGCUCAGGUUUUCCUUGGCACACAAACAAAACUAUCACUCAUUUUCCACUGCUUACUCUUGUUACUUCUGUUCAACCUGUUUUUUUUUUACAAAGUGCACAAUAAAUGUUUCAGUCCAGUGUUGCCUUGGAAGUCCUGUGUUGAUAAGGAGCUAACUCAUGUUUCUGAUCGUUGUACUAGAGUGUCUGUUUCUGUGUGUACCUGAAAUACAGAGAUUGCUCUUUGGUCACACUAACCCAUGAAGCAUAUUAUUAACUCAUAAAGUACAGUUUGUGUUGAGUUAGAUUAAGGUUUAAAAGGAACUCUGAAAUCUGAUGUUUGCCUUAAAAUGCUCUUUCUCACACACCUUUAUCAGGGAUUAGUUUUGCCAGAAAACAUGUCUGACCUGUGAUUGCUCCAGCUAAAAGUGAUUUUGUAUUUAUGUGUCAAAGAAACUCAAUAAAUUCAAUUUUGAAAGAAAACAACGUUGAAUUUAUCAUAGAGUAAUGACACUGCAUUUGUUGCUUUUUUUCCCUUGUUCUGCUGCAGGAGAUGUUGAUAUAUUUGUGCGUAAUUAAACGUAAUUUCUGCAAUAAAAGC